CUGAAAAUAAGUUGUUUCAAAGUGCUGCUGAGGCAAGUGGCAACCCUUGAACCAUAAAAGCAGUAUUCCUUAUCAAGUCACAAAGACACGCCAUUUCCCGAAAAACCUUUGUAAACUAACACACCAUGCAGGAAGCAUCGGUGAUAAUCGUCGGAGGUGGAACCUCUGGAAUCGCCACCGCUUCCUGUUUAACCAAGAAAUCGAUUUCUUACAUCAUGCUUGAGAGAGAAGACUGUUUUGCUUCCCUGUGGCAGAAAUACACCUAUGAUCGCCUCCAUCUCCACCUAAGGAAGCAAUCGUGUGAGCUUCCACACUUUCCAUUUCCACCUUCUUAUCCCCAUUACGUGCCAAAGAAGCAGUUCAUAGAGUACUUAGACAACUAUGUCAAGCAUUUCAACAUCAAUCCUCUGUACCACAGAGCAGUGGAGCUAGCAGAACAUGAUAAUAGUCACCAAAAUUGGAGAGUGAAGGCUAAGAACAGAACCUCUGGUCAUGUUGAAGAAUAUGCUGGCAAAUUCUUGGUGGUGGCUACUGGUGAAACAGCUGAACCUCGCAUACCUGAGGUUGAAGGGUUAGAGGGUUUCAAAGGGAAAGUGAUUCAUUCAACAGGGUAUAAAAAUGGGAAAGAGUUCAAAAAUCAGAAUGUUCUUGUUGUUGGAUCUGGCAAUUCUGGCAUGGAGAUUUCAUUAGACUUGGCCAAUUUUGGUGCUAAACCUUCCAUCAUUGUUCGAAGCCCGGUUCAUUUUCUUACAAGGGAUAUGAUGUAUUAUGCUGGAGAGUUGUUGAGGUAUCUGUCUUUGAGCACGGUGGAGAAUCUGGUGGUGAUGGCUAGCAGGAUUGUGUAUGGGGAUCUCAGCAAGUAUGGCAUACCUGUGCCCACUGAGGGCCCUUUCACCAUGAAGAUGAAGUAUGGCAAGUUUCCUGUAAUCGACGUGGGAACUGUAAACAAAAUCAAAUCUGGAGAGAUUCAGGUGUUGCCAGCAGAAAUAGAGAGCAUAAGAGGUAACCAAGUGUUGUUCCGGGAUGGCAAGUCGCAGCCAUUUGACUCCAUCAUUUUCUGCACAGGCUUCAAAAGAUCAACUAAAAAGUGGCUUAAGGGUGGUGAUGAUUUUUUGAACGAGGAUGGCUUUCCAAAGCCUGGUUUACCAAACCAUUGGAAGGGUAAUAAUGGUUUGUACUGUGUUGGACUGUCAAGGAGGGGAUUUUUUGGAGCUAACAUGGAUGCCCAAAACAUUGCAAAUGAUAUUGCAUCUUUAAUUACUCAACAAGAGAAAAAGGAAUUAUUAGUGUAAUAUGAAUAAUGAUAUUAUAUUAUUAUCUGUUAUGUUUGGCGGGAGUAUAAACAACAAUGAUACGUGUACCGCUUUAAAGUAUAUAUACAUUGGAACAACUUUUUUUUUC